AUGAACACGUGUCAGUGUCCGCCGAUUGUGUACGCGUCGAAUAAAGAAGUCGGAAAUCUGGAAGAAUCUGCCUAUCUUGCCGAUAGGCCCAGCUAUUAUCCGAAUGUGACGGUGGCCAACGAUUGUACGAUUUCUGUGGAUGUGUCCGGCGUCGACACCGACAAUUUCUAUUUUAUGAUAUUUCGCGGCGGGGCUCCACCGAUCUUUGUGAGUUUUAAAACUGUUUUGUAGAGAUAUUGAACAGUAGUAAACUGAAGAAGCUCACAAAAUGUGCUGAUGAACUUUUAUGAACUUUAUAGAAACUUAUUUUAUCAGUUGACAACUUUUAUCCAGUCUCGAAAACCCGCAAAUCUCGCUGAUUUUGCAGUCCAAAAUCGGCAGAAAUUUGCGGGAAAUCCGGGGUGCGCACAGCUGAACGAGUGUUACCGUACACCAUAGAACUACGGUAUUUUUUUUGAAAAAAAUUUUUAAUUUCUCGAGAAUAUUUGCAAUUUUUUUAAAUUUUUUUGGGUAAAUUUUUCAACGGAUUUUUUUGAAAAAAAUUUAAAUUUCACGAGAAUAUUUGCAGUUUUUUUCAUAUUUUUUUGGGUGAAUUUUUCAACGGUAUUUUUUUGAAAAAAAUUACAUUUCUCGACAAUAUUUGAAAUUUUUUUCAAAUUUCUUGGGUAAAUUUUUCAACGGUAUUUUUUUUGAAAACAAAAAAAUUUAAAUUUCAUGAGAAUAUUUGAAAUUUUUUUAAAUUUCUUGGGUGAAUUUUUCACCGGUAUUUUUUUGAAAAAAAUUUACAUUUCUCGACAAUAUUUGAAAUUUUUUUUAAAAAUUUCUUGGGUUAAUUUUUCAACAGUAUUUUUUUUGAAAAAAAGUUUAAAUUUCUCGACAAUAUUUGCAAUUUUUUUAAAUUUUUUUGGGUAAAUUUUUCAACGGUAUUUUUUUGAAAAAAAUUUAAAUUUCUUGACAAUAUUUGAAAUUUUUUUCAAAUUUCUUUGGUAAAUUUUUCAACGGUAUUUUUUUUGAAAAAAAUUUAAAUUUCUCGAAAAUAUUUGCAAUUUUUUUCAAAUUUUUUUGGGUAAAUUUUUCAAAAAAAUACCGUAGUUUUAUGGUGUACGGUAGCACUCGUUCAGCUGUGCGCACCCCGAAUUUCCCGCAAUUUUCUGCCGAUUUUGGACUGCAAAAUUCGCGAGAUUUGCGGGAUUUUCCGAGACUUUUCGGACGCGGCACAAGGAAAUAAACGAAUUCAGAGCGCUCGAUUCACCAGCUCAUCGGACAAGUCUCAAAAGUUCCAACCAGCCGGAAUAUCCUGUGUUCAAGUUGACAAUGAAUACAAUUGGGACUACUACGGCGGCAAAGUCGCCGACAUGUCGUUCGCCGUGCAAACCAACGACGACAUGUGCAACUGUGGCCCGUGGAGAACCGAAAGUGGAGCAGUGGUCACUGAACUCGGCGGAAUGUGUGAUAUUAUGAAGGUCACUUGUCCGAAUGCAACUAACAUUGUGGACUUUAUGAAUCAAAUCAACGCGUGGAACUAUAUUGUGAGUUCCGUUUUUUUAAACCUUUUCAACGCUUCCGUUCAGAUGAGUUAUUACAACCAAACCGUCUCCACAUUGGCCACUUGCGUUGGUUCCCGAUGGUAUUACAAUGGAGUCAUCCUCUCGGAUCCAUCGAUUGGGUGCACUGACUCUGUGAACGACAUUUAUGGCUUCAAUACUGCUGAAGAUUACUGUAGCAUUACAACCGAAACCCCCGCACAAAAUGAUACUUUUCAAUUUCAGUGCAAGACGGUACUUGUACUUGUCCGGUCAUUCGCGACAUUUCCGCUAAUACACGCUUUCUGGAAGUUUAUUACGCUCAGGACGCGUUUGCAAACUAUACAAUUGACGCGGGAGCUAUAGGUUAUACGGAUAAAUGCGGCGAAGCCAGUAUCUCGUGUCCGAACGGGGAUGUACUGACGAUUUUCAGUAGGAACUACGAUGCAAUGAUUGUAAGUUCCAAGGCUCUCCACAAAUCCGUUUUUUUUUAA